GUUCUUGACCAGGCUGACCGAGAGGUUUGUGUUGGGAGUGGAUAUGUUCGUGGAGACAUUGUGGAAAGUUUGGACAGAAGUCUUGGAUGUUCUUGGACUUGACGUCUCCAACUUGUCCCAGUACUUCAGUCCAGCCUCAGUGGCCAACAGCCCUGCCCGUGCCCUCCUGCUGGUUGGGGUUGUCCUCCUGGCCUACUGGUUCCUGUCCCUGACUCUGGGCUUCACCUUCAGCAUCCUGCACAUGGUGUUUGGCCGCUUCUUCUGGAUCGUGCGGGUCAUCCUGUUCUCCAUGUCCUGCGUGUACAUCCUGCACAAGUACGAGGGGGAGCCUGAGAACGCCGUCCUGCCGCUGUGCUUCGUGGUGGCCAUCUACUUCAUGACCGGGCCCAUGGGGUUCCACUGGCGCAGCAGCCCCAGCAGCCCUGGUAACCCCAGCGUGGAGGAGAAGCUGGAACACCUGGAAAACCAGGUCAGACUGCUCAACAUCCGCCUCAACAGGGUGCUGGAAACCCUUGACCGCUCCAAGGACAAAUGAAGGUUAGCUGGCCGGCUGGGUCCACUUUUACCAGCACGCUCUCUCGGCCAAAAAAAAAGAAGAAAAAAAAGAAAAAACCCAUCAAACUCCAAACAAUCUUAAUAAACAUUACUGAGCAAGAAAGUGGCGCUUUGUGGGGGUAUUUGCACCUGUAUGUCAGCUCUCAGGACGUAUUCCAAGAAGAAUGAAAAGAUCACUUGUGUAGAACUACACACAAAGCGUCAUGAGUGGAAAAAAUAUUUUUUAAACGAAGGAUAUAACCGUAUUGGCUGUACAGUAAGAGAAAUUUAUCUGUGCAUAGAGCAUAAAGUUAAUUUUUUCAAACAUUUAAAUACAUCUUUUGUAAGGUUUUUUAAUAAAGGCAGAGUGUAUCAAGUU